CCGUGAAUGUGGCGUGUGUUGUUUGGAAUAUCGUGAGUCGUAAAUAAAAAUGCACUAGAUGGUUAAUUAUUUCAUGUUAUAAGUGCAAUGCAUAUGUGUUAAAACAAUAAUCCAACGAAGCACCUUCUGUAAAUAACAAGAACUUGGCGAAAGAAGUGAUUUACUUUUGUUAUUUUGUCAUAUGUUGCACGCCUGCCUUGGGGACUGGAAGAAGACAAAAAAAAAUAAUCAGUUAUUCCGAUGCUAAAUUGAUAAUGCUAAAUAGACACAAGCAGUCUUCCGGCACUUUAUUGCGCUUUCUCGUGACAAUGCACGUCGCCUCAUGUGUGAAGUUAAUUUCUAAAGUUACUCCUCACGAUGGUUAUAAGAGCAGAAACUAAAUAGUGUCACAAUGAGUCACAAUCUGGCAGGUAUGCCAUCAUACAGGCUGCCGGGCCCAGGGUUGGGCCCCCCGGACUUCAAGCCGCCAAUGGACACACCAACGCCUUCGGCACCGGCGCCUAGUAACCCAAAGAAAAGGAGAAAAACAUCUAAUGCUAACAAUGCCUUAACCCAACAACCACCACCAACUGCGCAAGAUCUGUUGCCUCCCCCAUUAACUGGUUAUGGCGACACUAUAGUAGCUUCAAACCCUUUUGAUGAUUCCCCAUCAACAGUGUCCCAUAAUGGACCUAUGAUGAACCAGAAUGGGCCUAUGAUGAAUCAGAAUGGACCUAUGGGCAUGAUGGGGCCUAUGCAUGGCAUGGGUGGACCUCCAAUGAGACACAUGAGUCCACUUCCACAUAGUAUGAGUCCAAUGAGCCAGCAAAUGCCACCCAGAGGAGGAAUAAGUCCCAUGGGCAAUAUGAGUCCUAUGGGACACAUGGGUGGUAUGUCGCCAAUGGGGGGUCCUAACAUGGGAAUGAGCAACCAUAGUAUGGGUCCAGGAAUGGGUCCUAAUUCGAGAUCUAUGGGCAGUCCAAUGAGCCCAAUGAACUCUAUACCAAUGGGCUCACCUAUGUCUUCUGGUCCUCUAGGAAGCCCUAUGAAUAUGGGGUCAAUGGCAGGAAGCCACAUGAGCAACAGCCCGAUGGGUCCACCUAUGCACAGUCCACUUGGAGCUGGAUCAAUGAAUGGGCCUAUGAAUGGACCAAUGGGAGGUGGAGGCCCUGGCAUGAAUGUUCCUCGAAUGAAUGGACCAAUGGGUCCCAGCUGUUCAAAUGGUUCCAUGGGGCCUACUAGUUCUAUUAUGUCUUCAAAUCCAAUGCAGAGUGGAGGGAUGGGCCCUGGUCAUUGCGGACCAAUGAGACAUGGAAGUCCGAUGGGAUCAAGUAUGGGAAGUGGUCCAAUGGGAGGCAAUGGGCCUAUGACGUCUAUGGGUCCCGGUCCCCCAUACAGUGGGAGUCAUAUGGGGCAUGGGGGACCAAUGGGAAUGGGAGGAGGUGGAUCAAUGGGUAUGGGGCCAGGGCCAGGAAAUAUGGGCAGUUGUGGACCUUUAGCUGGAAUGAGUGGAAUGGCGAUGGGAGGGCCAGGUGGACAAGGAGUGGGCCCUAUGGGGCAGGGAAUGGGCAUGUUUGGCCCUAAACCAAUGCCUGUAAGUGCUGGCAAAGUUUACCCUCCAGAUCAACCAAUGGUGUUCAACCCUCAAAACCCCAAUGCCCCUCCCAUUUACCCCUGUGGAGUAUGUCACAAAGAAGUACAUGAUAAUGAUCAAGCAAUCCUGUGUGAGUCUGGGUGCAACUUUUGGUUUCAUAGAGGCUGCACAGGGCUGACGGAGCCGGCGUUCCAGUUGCUGACGGCGGAGGUGUACGCAGAGUGGGUGUGCGACAAGUGCCUGCACUCCAAGAACAUCCCGCUCGUCAAGUUCAAGCCAUAGCGCUGCGCACCAUCGCCCCUCCUACUGCCUCCCAUCUGACUCGUCUCAUCACAAGUAUUUAUUUCACUUCAUCAUGGACACUAUAUGUGACUAAAAUUAUUUCGGUCAAAAUCGGUAUGUCGUAGUCUUACUAAGAAGGAUCUCAUUGCAUAAAUUAAGAGUAUUGGCCUCACCACUCUGUGCCGGUGUAGAAUGUUACAGUAUUGCAGUGUUUUAGUCAACCCGCCUCCGGGCGUGAUAGUGUGAGCAUAAGAUUGUCAUCUUAAUCUGUUGGAUUUUGAGCUCAAAACAGAGGUGCGAUAGUGUUUCACUCGAAAUUAACUGUUAAUAUUGGUAGUUGACUCUGUAUGAAAUUAAAGACUUGAAUGUUAGUUAAAAUUAUACUUCAUCAGACCUUUUGGCUUGCACACGAUUCGAAGUGAAUGUUAGAAACAUUUUAAUGAUGAAAUGCAGACGGUCCCGUCAAGUCUAGUCUGUUAUUGUCAUUGUAACUUAUUUAUUUUUAAUGUAAUGUAAGGGGAGACCACGUCGAGGUGAAUGUAGUGUGAAAUAUACAUCGCACGUGUUUCUGCGUUAGGCAUAUCCGUUAAAGCAAUUUGAUGUGAUUUUUUCGGUAGUUACGGCAGUAUAUGUAGACAAACAUAUAAUAGCAAUACGUUGGCCGCCCAGGAAUCGAUGCCAGCUGCGUGCCGCUUCAGUCUCUGUGCAUAUUGUAAAUAUCUCCUAGAAUAAGUCUAAACACUUUCCGCCUUAUAAUAUGGUGACCUAGUGUACGUUAGGAGUCGAGUACACAAACCCAGUGUUUUUCUUAUCGCUCGUCGCCAUGGUGGAGUUAUGACACAAGAAUCGAUGUUCCACCACAUUUUCCGGCUUGCUUGAAUGUGCGUUGAAACGCAACAAGCUUGCCAUGUAUUUGCUAUCGACAAUAUAAUAGGUCUGUUAAUAAUAUCAAGAGUCGUUGUCGCCUAAUGUUCCGUCUCACGAUUGCACGAACAACUAUAAGUCAUACCUCAACCAUGCCAACGAUUCUGCGAUAGGACUGAGGCGAUCCUUAAUUUCGCUAUAUUGAUAAUAAUGUACUUAUUAUUUCGGUGCCCUAGUUUGCAUGUAACAUUAUGCGCGUUAUUUACAUGUAAAUACGAUGAAUCCAUACGCUUUGUUAAGUAUAAGAGUGUUAAAAUGUGUUUGUCAAUUUUUUAACUUUUGGAGAUUUUUUAAUAAUAGACAAGUAAUAAGAUAUGUACAUAUUAUUUAGUAGUUUUAGAGUUUUUAGAACUGAGAUUAUGUGAAGGACUGGCCCCAGUCAUCGCGAGGUUGUGAGUUGUGACUUAAUUUGUGUGAGAUAGCGUGCAGCUAGGAAUAUUAAUGUUUAUAAUACGCCGAGCGCCGUAGCCUGGGGCCACACAACCCACCGAAUACUCGACGAGGUCUUAUAAAACACCCAUUAUUAGCUAUUAAGGCGCUACCCAUAACGAACGCGCGGAGACAGUAGAGUUGAAACUAACCCAGCAGCCGUGGCAUGCAAGGUGCGACGCGAAAAAUAAACACCGGAUUCUACCAUUAGACCUGCUUGCUAAGGAAGCAGAUAGUGUGAAUAUUCGAUCAUAUAAAUCGCUCAAAAUGUAUGUCUGUUGAUACGCAGAUACGGACGAAGAUAAAUUUCAAAUGCCCGCGUGUUCAUUAUGUUGUAAGCUAGCGGUUAAACUUCCAAAUGUAAAAAUUAAGUAAACAAUAGAAUUGGGAUCGAAAGACGUUAUGGUAUGUUCGAGUAUUCGGCUGAUAAUCUUCUCGACUUGUUUUCUGUUCGUAAACUUUACGACCCAACCUGGGGACUUUUACAAAUCAUUUAUGAUAGUUAUUUCCGUACUGGUUAAAUUGAAAAUGAGUUAAACUAUAAUUGCACAAAAUUUUAACAGUUAGACGAGUAAAUGAGAACAAGAAAUUCGUAAAUCGUUUUUGAAUGGGUGUUGUCUAUUGAUUAAUUGGUUGGCUCUUGGUUUCUGACGAAAAUCUUAAUAUUAAGUUGUUUUCUUUAAAUUAACAUCGUCCAUUGUUCUGUGCCAUUUUUAUGUAUUUAUGCAAAGAUAUUGUCACCUUUACGGUGUUGUUAACAAGCAGCUUUCCUUUUUAAUACAAGCAUUUCAAAUAAAAAUGGAGAAUUAUGAUUUACAAAUAUUAAUGUAACAUAAACUGUUAUGGUAAAGAAAAUCUUGUGAAAAUUUACUUUUUUUGUAGCUUACGACGACAUGUCCCCUUGAUGCAGAAUAAUAAUUGAGUACCUUAUACCUAUGUAAUAUAGAUGGAUUUUUAACUUAGCAUGUACUGUACGAGUAUCUUUACUUAUAUAAUUAUGUACAUUGCGUUUCACAUAUUUUCGUACAACUCUUACAUUUACAAACACUGAAGUGUUAACAAAUUAAAAUUGCAAAAAAUAAGCUCAUCAAAAAAGGAAACAUACAAAUAUGUAAUUCGCUAUUAGUUUUGUUAUAAAACUUUCUUUGUAAAAUGUAUCAGCUAAACAUAUUUUUCAAUUUUAAAAAUUGGUAUAACCUUGUUUCUUGAGAUAAUCGCACAAAAUAUUUGUUACUGGUAAACUUUAAAUGAUGAAACUAGAGUUCGAUUCGAGCAUAAUAUACAUACAUACAUACAUUGGCCUUAUACGUCUGUUUCAGACGAUUUAUGAUGUCAUUGCCUCGAAGAAAUAUAAUAUAAUACGCGAUAAAAUAAUAUACAAUAAAAGCAAUACAUAAGGUGAAUAUUAGCAGCCGUGGUGUGACGGAAUAUUAACGGCGUAUACAUAUUUACCUACGUGGACGCAUUGCGUCGCGCCUGCCGUACUGCAGCUGUAGAUAUGUAAUAUACAAUUUUGAAUUUGUUACACUUGUCAUUUAUAUUUUGAACCCUAGGUAAAAUUAUUUCCGGAAAUCAGCAUACUGUGAUUGUAUACAACAGGUUGGAAUUAAAUGUCCUUAAUAAAUAUUAAUUCAAACAGGCACAAAGGAUAUUUGUUUGCAAUGAUAUAUUUUUUUGUGGUCGAAUAAGGUCGGCUACAUUUUGGAGUCGUUUUCGUACUUCUGCGAACACUUCUAUGAGGAACAACUCGCACCUUGGAAGAUGGGUAUUGUUCGUACUUUUUCGUACGUAUAAGCACGAGUCGAAUUCUUACGCAUUUAAAGUGAACCAGCCUAAUCGUUUCGGUCAACUCAUCGACACGGAGUCGCGUUUGCUAAAUCAGACAAACAACCUUUAUAUCUACUGCACAGUCACUUAGAAGAUGUCUUACGUACUAAUACGGCGUAGCCAUUCAAAUUCAUUUCUAUGAGAUGGAUAUACAGGUGUUUUUAAGACCAAAAACCGAUUCCGCGUCGAUAGGUUUAAGACUUCCCUGAUACCGUGUAUAGUGCUUAAUAUUACUUUAAAUACUACCACAACCGUUUCCCUAUUAGUGGGAAAUACAAACUUCUAAUUAUACAUAAAGAUGACUGCAUUCACUGCCAUUCAAUCAUAAGAUAAUAAUCAAAUCACUUUAGGACAAAAGUUUAACAAGUAAAUAUACUUCGGUAUAAAACAUACCUCGAAGUUUCACAUCAAAAUUAUAGAUUUAACUAUUGUUUAAGUGGAGCUUUGAGGCCUUACAAGUACAUUAAUAUUAUUCCCAACUUUGUCCAUAAGUGUAACAUGAAUAUUACGCAGCAGAAAUAAUAAAUAUCUUAUUGUAGUUGUAAGCAAUUUCAUUUUUAUAAACAGAUAUAUUUUUGAUGAUAGUUUAUUUUAUCGAGUAUUUACAACUACUUUAUUUAUUUUUUAAUUCAAUUAUAUUUUAAUACCAUGACAUUGUUUUAAGAGAAAAUAAUUGAUUAAUAGUCCCAGUGAAAUUAUGUUCUUACCUCUGUUAAUAAUAAAAAUAUUAAUAUAUUUAUUGAAGUAAUUGCAAUAAAUCAAAUCACAAGAUCGCUUCGGAAAGUUGGAGUAACCAAGAGGUUGUCUAAAAUAUUUACUUUAUAUAAAUCUCUUGUAAAUAUAUUUAAAGAAAUAGAUCCGCAAAAUAAUUGAUGAUAAAUUGUACAGUUACUUAUUAAAUUAGAAUUUUACUUAGGAUAUUCAGCCAUGAAUGUAAUGUAAUGAUAAUUUGCGCCGUGGAACGAAAUCAUCACAAUUAGUUCACGGGUGACUGCUGCUAUUGUAUAUUAAUUUCACCUGCUUGCCAAUACGCACGCCGAAAGCAGCAUUAACGUACUUAGUAAUCACACAGGCCCGCUUAAGCUGCCUUAUUUUUUGAAGAAAUCAAGCAGAUUCUUUAACAAUCAAGGCGAGUUAAUUAAAGUGUGAUUCGAAGUACGUAUCGGCAUGUGCAUUAGCACUCUGUAAAUGUUACUUACGUGUUACAUACCUACAACACAUCUGUUGUGAGUGACGAAGUUGUAUUUCAGAAUAGUUUAUGAAGUCUAAUAACGACGUCAGUGGUCUUAAACUUGUGCAUAGUUUAUUUUGUAUUAUGUGAAUAAUAACAAGCAAUAAUAAAAUUGUUAUUGAGUAA